GGCUAUCCAUAAACGACCACGGAGAUUGGCGGUCAGGUCAUCAGCUAAAAGAACACAAUUCUUGAAUUGUAUUAGUCUUAUAUUUGUAUGUUCCAAGUUCCAAUUAGGGCUUCCCAUUUUCUGAAAUAGUUUCUCAUCUGAAAAUAAAAACAACAGUUUUCCAAGAAAAAGAAAAAAACAAAAAAGACUAUAAUGUCAUCUGAUAACGGUAAUAGGAUCAUUAUUAUCAGUCCAAAUGCAAGAGAUGCAGAUGCCUUCCCCUCCACCACCACCACCACCACCACCACCAUCACAACCACCACUGUCACCUCCAGCGACAAUCCCUCCCCCUCGCCCUCCCCACCCCCUUCGGCUGCUCCGGUCCCUCUGUCUUGGCCCCCUGAUGGCAAGCUCAGCCUUGAGUGGAUCCAGCAUAUCAUGUCUGCGUUGGAGUGGUCUUCAAGAAAUCUGCCCCCCUCGGCCUUCCCCUCCGUGUUUCCUGUUCCCGUUUUUGAUGCCCUCAUACUUUCCGCUUCUAAGAUCCUGCACAAAGAACCUAAUUGUCUCCAAAUCAAGACCCUCGACUCCGAUUCAACGGUUGUGGUGGUUGGCGAUCUUCAUGGGCAAUUGCAUGAUCUUCUAUUCCUCCUCAAAGAUACUGGCUUUCCAGCCCAAAAUCGUAUCUUUGUUUUCAAUGGGGAUUACGUUGACAGAGGAGCUUGGGGUCUUGAGACUUUCUUGGUCUUGCUAGCAUGGAAGGUUUUCAUGCCGCAUAGAGUAUAUCUCCUUCGUGGAAAUCAUGAAUCCAAAUACUGCACCUCUGUUUAUGGAUUUGAGAAGGAAGUUCUGACAAAGUAUGGGGAUAAAGGUAAGCAUGUGUAUAGGAAAUGUUUGGGUUGCUUCGAAGGACUACCUUUGGCCUCUAUAAUUGCUGAGCGUGUAUAUACUGCUCACGGGGGCCUUUUCCGCAGCAUUCCUGUCACCCCUUCAAAGAGGUCUAAAGGAAAGAAGAAUCGUAGGAUAAGCCUCAACCCUGAACCUAACUCCUUAUGUCUUGGUUCUUUGGAGGAAUUAUCUAAAGCUCGAAGAUCAGUCCUUGAUCCUCCAUGGGAAGGAUUGAAUUUGAUUCCUGGUGAUGUGCUAUGGUCAGAUCCAUCAAUGAUCCCAGGCCUUUCCCCAAAUAAGGAGAGAGGUAUUGGCUUGUUAUGGGGUCCCGACUGCACUGAGGAAUUCUUAAAGAAGUUCAAACUAAAGCUAAUCAUCAGAUCACAUGAAGGCCCUGAUGCAAGAGAAAAGAGGCCUGGUCUUGCAGGAAUGGAUGAAGGAUACACCAUAGAUCAUGAUGUGGAGUCAGGGAAGUUGAUAACUCUGUUUAGUGCUCCUGACUACCCACAAUUUCAGGCAACAGAAGAGAGAUACAAUAACAAAGGAGCAUAUGUUGUACUGAAGCCCCCUGAUUUUGAUAAUCCUGAAUUCCAUAGUUUUGAAGCAAUAGCCCCAAGACCAAAGGUCAAUGCAUACUAUGACUAUGAGGACGUGAUUGAUUCAGAUGAAGACUUGGACUUGGCAUCAAUGGUGACUGCCUUGUAAUGUUCAGACUCGUUCAUUAGUUUUGAAAGUUGUAUAAUUACCCAUUAUUUUGUGGUGUUAAUUAUAUAUUGCAUCGAGAAGCAUUUUCCUUAACUUUCUAGCUGCUUGUAAUGUUAUGAGUUUCAACUCAAGAAAUCUUGUUUAAUUGUUCAACCUUUCUACUCUGAAAUACUGUUAAGAAAUGAUUAUUUCGUUGUAUUACCGAG